CUUGGUAAAUAAUUAAUUCCUCCCUCUAAUUUUGUUCCUUCCAUUUUCUCAAGAAACAAACAAGAUCCCACCAAAACCCAAAUUCUAGAAAUCCCAUUGACAUAUUUCUUUUUUUCUUUUUCUCAUACAUCAUAAUCACCACAUCCCUUCUCUUUCUCUCUGCCGCUCCUUUUUUUUUUUUUUUUUUUUUUUUUUUUUUAAGUUUAAAACAAAUAUUUUAGAACUUGACCAUGCAGUAGUACUUCUAUACUCUUCUUCUCAUAGCCAUUCUCACCUAGCCAGAAUAUUUACAAAAUCACAACCCAUUAAUUCUACCAUUCUUCUGGGGUAACUAUGGGAACGGCAACAUCGUCAAUGGCAGCGAAAUUCGCCUUCUUCCCACCAAAUCCACCGUCUUAUAACAUAGUAGUUGAUGAAGAAACUGGGAAACUGAGGAUCUCAGAUGUCCACCAGAGAGAAGACGUGGACGUGUUGAAGCUUUCCACAAAGAAAGGGAAUGAGAUUGUUGCCAUAUACGUGAAAAACUCAUCAGCUUCAUUGACUGUCCUAUACUCUCAUGGCAACGCUGCUGAUCUUGGCCAGAUGUAUCAUAUCUUCUCUGAGCUUAGCCUGCACCUUAAUGUUAAUCUUAUGGGGUACGAUUAUUCUGGGUAUGGACACUCUUCUGGAAAGCCAAGUGAACAAGACACAUAUGCUGAUAUAGAGGCUGCUUAUAAAUGUCUAGAAGAGACUUAUGGAGUGAAGGAGGAAGACACCAUAUUGUAUGGUCAGUCAGUAGGGAGUGGACCUGCUCUUGAAUUGGCUACUCGUUUGCCACAAUUAAGAGCUGUGAUUCUUCACAGUCCUAUCCUGUCUGGCCUUCGUGUCAUGUAUCCUGUCAAGAAAACUUUCUGGUUCGACAUUUAUAAGAACAUUGAUAAGAUUCCGCUCGUUAAUUGCCCAGUUCUGGUAAUUCAUGGAACCGAAGAUGAAGUUGUGGAUUUUUCCCAUGGUAAGCAGCUGUGGGAGCUCUGUAAAGAGAAGUAUGAACCCUUGUGGCUCAAAGGAGGAAACCACUGUAACUUGGAACUCUACCCAGAGUACUUAAGGCAUCUCAGGAAGUUCAUAUCUGCCAUUGAGAAGAUGCCUCCACACCUUAGAGUUGCAUCUGGACAAAGUACAGAUCAGCCUAAUCAGCCUCCGAACACCUCAGAUGCCAAUAAGGAAAAAUUAAGGCCAAGCACUGAUCAGCCUAAUCAGCCUUCAAACACUCCAGAUGCCAAUAAGGAAAAAUCAAGGUCAAGUACAGAUCAUAGAGAUAAGGCUAGGCCUAGUACUGGGCAGAAAGAAAAAUCCAGGCUAAGCACUGACAGCAGAGAGAAAGGAAGAGCCAGCACUGACAGGAGAGAGAAGUCAAGAAAGAGCAUUGAUCGUGCAACGAAAGCAAGGAACAGCACUGAUCAGCCAGAGAGAGCAAGGAACAGCUUUGACCGGUUGGGAGACAUGGUUAGAUCUGUGGGAUUGUGCAAUGCUGAUUGUUUGAAGCAGACAGCUUCUGAGGCCUGAGGUAGAAAAGUUAGUGCUUGUAAGUGGGUUGUAAUAUCCUUUUCUAGUUCUCUGUUUGGUUUAUUGGUUGGGAUCUCCAGGAAGUGCUGCUCUUUUCUAUAACUUUGUAAUACACAAACAAGCAAAUAAUUUAUGUAGCCAGGUUCUUUUUUGUA